AUGGACAAGAUCAAGUCGACUGACGGGCCGCGUCCCCCUGCUGGUGAAUCUGAUGCCGAAAAGGGCCAUCAUGGAGUCAACACCACGGCAGUAGAUGGCUCGACCACCAGCGGCGUCAAAAACGAUGGAAAUGCCUCUGAUUCCGACGAAUUCCAAGACGGCGUGCGAGAGGUUCGCGCCGUCACGACAGUCUGGUCCAAGACGUCGCUCUUCUCCAUGUUUGCCUUACUCUACCUGGUCUCCUUUGUGGACUACCUCCAGAACAACAUCGACUCUAUCCUCAACCCGUACAUCACGUCGUCGUUUGGAAAGCAUGGGCUCCUCAACGUCGGCAGCGUCAUGUCCACCAUUAUCGGGUCCGUGGCGCCGCUCUUCAUCGCCAAGGUUGUCGACAUCUGGGGCCGCGCCGAGGGCUUCCUGCUCAUGGUGGUCGUGUGCGUCAUCGGCAUGAUCAUCAAGGCCGUCGCCCAAAACGUCGAGACGUACGUGGCCGCCCACACCAUGUACUGGGUCGGCCACAUCGGCAUCGGGUACGUCAUGAACGUCAUGCUGGCCGACAUGAGCAGCCUCAGGAACCGCAUGCUCGCCAUUGCCAUCAACGGCACGCCCCGCCUCGUCGGCAACUACGCCGGCCCCAACAUUGCCGGCCUGUUCUACCGCAACCUCAACUUCAGAUGGGCCUUUGGCGCCUUCAGCAUCAUCCUGGUUGCGUGCAGCGCGCCCGCCAUCGGCCUGAUGUGGUCGAUGCUGGGCAAGGCCCGCAGGGAGGGCGUCAUUGAGAAGCGUCAGGCGUCUGGCCGCACCUGGCUCCAGUCCAUCCAGUUCCACGUCGUGGAGAUGGACUUGGUGGGCAUGGUUCUCAUCAUGGGUGCGCUGGCCUGCAUCCUGCUGCCCUUCAAUCUGGUCGCCUAUGCCCCUCAGCAGUGGGAGACUCCCUACAUUAUUGCCAUGCUGGUCCUGGGCGUUCUCCUCUUCCCCGCCUUUUACGUCUGGGAGGCCAAGAUUGCCCGGGUCCAGUUUCUCCCCUUUCGGUUCCUGAAGCAGGGCACCAUCAUCGGCGGCUGUCUACUGUACGGCGUCAUGUUCCUGUCCACCUUUUGCUGGAACGGCUACUUUUACUCGUACCUCCGCGUGGUGCACCGCCAAAGCCUCGAGAAUGCGGGAUACAUUGUCAACACCUUCUCCACCACCUCGGUCGUCUUCGGACCCCUGGUGGCCCUCUUCAUCAGCUACACUGGCAACUUUAAGUGGACGGCGUACGGCGGCGUGCCCGUCAUGCUUCUCGGCUCGGCGCUCGUCAUCCCCUUCCGCCAGCCCAACGCCCCCGUCGGCAUGCUCGUCUUCACCCAGUUCCUGGUCGGCCUCGGGAGCGAGAUCCUCGUCCUCUGCAGCUCCCUGGCCUGCCAGGCGCCCGUGACGCACCAGCAGAUUGCCGCCGUCAUUGCGCUGUCGGGCAUGUUUGGCGGUUUCGGCGCCUCCAUUGGCCUUUCCAUCGCCGGCGCCAUCUGGAACAAUUUGCUUCCCCAGAAGCUGUACGAAUACCUGCCAGAGGGGGCCAAGAACCAGUCCAUGACCAUCUUUGGCGACAUUGAGCAGCAGAUUGCCUUCCCGGACGGGUCGCCGGAGCGGGAGGCCAUCGUUGCUGCUCUCGGCGACACCAUGAGGCUGAUGGUUAUUGCGGGUGUGGCGCUGAUGCCCCUGUGCGCCGUGUGCAUCUAUGCUUGGAAGAAUAUCAAUGUCAAGAAGCUGGAGGAGCAGCAGGGCAAGCAGACCAAGGGCACAACCCUCUAG